AUGCUACGCUCCGCUCGUUGGCAGCUCCAGAAGCCUCGGAUAGCGCAGGCGAACCUACUGCGGUCCACGUGCCACAACCGGCGAGGAUAUGCGGCAGUAACAGAUGUCUCCAACUUUCCCAACGUGGGAGAGCAGCUCCAUGGCUUCACUCUCAAGCGCCUCAAGCAGGUCCCCGAGCUCGAACUGACGGCUCUGCACCUUCAGCAUGACAAGACUGGCGCCGAGUAUAUGCACAUUGCCCGCGACGAUGCGAACAAUGUCUUCUCUAUUGCCUUCAAGACCAACCCACCAGAUGCCACUGGAGUGCCGCAUAUAUUGGAGCACACCACACUAUGUGGCAGUGAGAGGUAUCCUAUCCGCGACCCCUUCUUCAAGAUGCUUCCGCGCUCCCUGUCCAACUUCAUGAACGCCUGGACUUUCGCCGACUUUACCGGCUACCCUUUUGCCACGACGAAUGCGCAGGACUUCAAGAACCUCAUGUCGGUAUAUUUGGAUGCGACACUACAUCCGCUCUUGAAGGAGAACGACUUCACACAGGAGGGGUGGCGCAUAGGGCCCGAGAACCCAAUGGCUGCCGAAACCGAUGACCCAAGCGCAAAACGAAUCGUGUUCAAGGGUGUCGUGUACAAUGAGAUGAAGGGCCAGAUGUCGGACGCAAGUUAUCUUUUCUACACAAAAUUCCAGGAGCACCUCUACCCCGCCAUCAACAAUUCCGGCGGCGACCCCCAGAAGAUCACCGACCUCACGUGGGAGCAGCUGCGGACGUUUCACGCGGACCAUUACCAUCCCAGUAAUGCCAAGAUUUUAACAUACGGAGAUAUGCCUUUGGUCGAGCAUUUGAAAGAGGUGGACAGUCGGCUAAGUGGGUUCGACAGGAUACCCGUGGAUCAGGAAGUGAAGGCGCCGAUAACAUUGGAUGGUCCAAAGCAGGUCAUAGUACCCGGUCCCUUGGAUCCUUUGGUACCUCAGGAUAGGCAGUACAAGACAUCAGUCACCUGGAUGAUGGGUGACACUGCCGAUUCGGUAGAGAACUUUGCGCUCGGAGUGUUGAGCAGCUUGCUGAUGAACGGAUACGGAUCGCCACUAUACCGCAACCUUAUCGAAUCAGGUCUCGGGGCGGACUUUAGCGCAAACACUGGCUAUGAUAGUGCAGGCCGCCGUGGUGUCUUCUCUAUCGGGCUCGAUGCCGUCAAGGCAGAAGACGUAGUUAAGGUUCGCGAAUCUAUUGCUAAGACCUUCCUUGAGGUGCGAAAGAACGGCUUCGACAAGAUCAAGGUCGAUGGAAUCCUACAUCAACUGGAACUGUCCCUAAAGCAUAAGACGGCGAAUUUCGGAAUGGGCAUCUUGCAGAGACUGAAGCCCAGUUGGUUCAAUGGUAUCGACCCAAUGGAGUCGCUAGCGUGGCAGCAAACAGUCGAUGCUUUCCAAAACAAGUACGCGGAAGGCAACUAUCUGGAGAGUCUCAUCGAGAAAUAUCUACUCAACGACAACGCCCUUACCUUCACGAUGCAACCAUCGGAAACCUUCAGCCAGGAACUAGUAGAUGAGGAGAGUCGACGACUGGCGGCGAAGAUCCUUGAAACUACAAAGCAAUUUCCGAGCGAAGAGGAGGCACGGCAGUACCUAGAGAAACGGGAGUUGCAGUUGCUUGAAGUGCAAGAGAAGGCAAGAACUGAGGAUUUGAGCUGCCUGCCAACGGUACACGUGAAGGAUAUUCCACGAGAGAAGGAGCGGAAACCUCUUCGUCAUACCGACAUGAACGGUGUGAAGGUGCAGUGGCGCGAGGCACCUACCAAUGGGCUCACCUACUUCCGCGCUGUUCACAAGUUACAUGAUCUUCCGGAUGAGUUAAGAGAGAUGAUCCCCUUGUUCACUGGCGCCAUCAUGCGUCUGGGUACCAAAGACAAGACAAUGGAACAGCUUGAGGAGCUCAUCAAAUUGAAGACUGGUGGUAUUUCGGUCGGAUAUCACUCCUCGCAGUCACCGCUCUCGCUCACCAGCUACGAGGAAGGCCUGGCCUUCUCCGGCUAUGCGUUUGAUCGCAAUAUACCAGACAUGUACGAGCUCCUUCGGACGAUCAUACAAGAGACGGAUUUCAACGGACCAGAAGCUGAGAAGAAGAUUCGCGAGCUGCUCCAGAGUUCAGCGAGCGGUGCCAUCAACUCAAUCGCUGAAUCUGGGCACUCUUAUGCUAUGAGAUUUGCCGAGGCUGGCAUAAGCCCUACUGGCCGACUAGCAGAAGAAACAGGAGGCCUCACUCAAGUCAAGCUCAUGACAACCCUGGCGUCACAGGAGUCGCUCAGCGACGUCAUCCAGAAACUCAAAGCCAUUCAAGCCUUCACCAUCGCGAACAGCAAUCAACUUCGCGUAGCCCUGAACUGCGGCGCCGAAAGCUCAACACCUAAUCAAGAAGCACUCCAACGCUUCCUAUCCACCUUACCUAAGAACGUCACCGUCCCAACAUCAUCUCAACAAGCGCAAUAUCCCCGAAACGCAAAGUCUUUCUUUCCCCUCCCCUAUCAGGUCUACUAUUCCGCGCGCGCCGUCCCAACAGUAGCCUACACCGACGCCUCCAGCGCACCGCUCGAGAUUCUAGCCAAGCUCCUUACUUUUAAGCAACUACAUCCUGAGAUUCGCGAAAAGGGCGGUGCCUACGGAGGCGGUGCCUACGCACGGGGGCUCGGUGGUCUGUUUGGCAUGUACUCCUACCGUGACCCUAAUCCGCAGAACAGCAUGAAGAUCAUGUCCGAGGCAGGACAGUGGGCGCGCGAUCGCGUGUGGGUGGCUCAAGAUCUUGAGGAGGCGAAGCUCAGCGCCUUCCAAGGGUACGAUGCGCCGCAGAGUGUUAGUCGAGAGGGAAUGAGGCUGUUCUUGUCUGGUGUGACGGACGAUAUGCUGCAGACACGACGAGAGCGCUUGCUUGAUGUUACGGCUGAGCAGGUGCAGGCUGUGGCUGACGAGUUCCUUGUCAAGCGGGCUACUGAGAGUAGUGUGGCUAUCCUUGGAGAGAAGAAGGAUUGGGUCAGCCAGGCUAAUGGCUGGGAGUUCCGUGAUUUGGGCAUGGCAGCGGAGAAGAUUGAGGAGAUUGCAGAGGCGCAAGAAGAGGGUGCUGCGGCUGCGGCGAACUAA